CACGCAACCAAACAUACACACCAGAUUAUUUGGAGAGCAAGUUGAUAGGACUGGCGCAAGUAAUAAAUAAUGUUUUGUUUAAUACCAUCAGCUUAUCAAAAUACUACCAAAUUUAAAGUGAGAUAUUACUCAUGUUAUGGAUUUUGUACUAUAACGGUAUUAGUUAUAAUGUCAAAAGACUUGAUUACUUUGCAUACUUUAACUCAUGAUGUCGCUUUUGAAACCAUACCACUAUACGUACAUAUACUGACAAUAUUGAUUAGCAGUGGGUUUCAAAUACAAAAAAUGUCAAAAUGUGUUCCUGAUGAAGAAAAUCUCACUACUUUUCAAAGAUUUUGCUGGGCUUUACCAAUAAUUUGUUUAAUAGUUAGUCAAGUGGAACAAAUUGUGAAUGGUUCCCACAAUCGUCCGGAAACUAUAUUACAGAGAAUUUUCGGAUUAAUUUCAUUUCUAUUCGAAUUUCAUUAUUUCAUGAUAUACGUAAAAUUCAAAAAUGACUAUCAGAAAUUGAACAAUUGUAUCAAAGAAGAGUGUUUCUCCGCAAAAGACCUGUUGACUAUUAGAAUACAAAGAAAAUCGAUGAAUAAACGAGUUAGAAAUGCGACCAAGAUGUUUGGAAUACAAGCUAUUUCUGUAAUCAUGAUGACGACCAUCACGACUGCGUUUAAAAUUCACCGAACGCUUAGAUCCAACGAUCGUUUCACCGUUAUGCCGGCGGACUUGCUGGACUCUUUGCAGUGGAUUCUACGGUUGUUUUUGUUAUGCAAGGUCUCCAGAGACGUCGCAAAAGAAGCCAAUGAUAUUGAAACUCAACUUUUGAAUUUAAACACGGAGAGUGACGAAAACUUUGACAAUGAAGUCUCGUUCUUUCUGUGGGAAAUCAACAAUCCACCAAUGGAAGUUGUUGUGUAUGGUUUGUUUGUGCUUGACCUAAGGCUAUUGGUAUCGGUGAUAUCUUGGUGUAUUGGCUUCGUCUUGAUAUUAUUGCAGUUCAGAUGGCCAAGAAUAUACUGACAUUGGAGUAGAACCACAACACGACAUUUGGAUGACACAAAUCAAAAUACUAAUUAUGGAACUAAAACAUCAAGGCACUUAAGUAAUUUAACGAGUUGUUCAACUUCAGGCUAAUAAUAGAAAUUACAAUAUUUGUAUAAUUUAAGGAACAAAAUAAAACAGCAAAAGUAUUUUUUUUCCGAUAGGUCAAAAAAUAUUACAACAACUUCUAUUGGUAGAGUCUUUAUCUUAAAAUACUCGGACCAUUCGACUAGAACGACUAUACGAAUGUGUCGCAUUAUUAAAAAACGACAAUAAUAUUUAACUUAAUUUUAGACCUACAAUUAUUCAUUGUAUUGCUGACAAAUCGAAUACUUUUUUUGGACAUAACAUUUAACAAGUAGACUAUUAAUUUGUUAAAAAUGUCCAUAUCAAGUACACCACGUCUCAGUCGUAAAAUUUUAAUGAGUUUUUAAAAAAUAAAAGUAUAUACAAAAUGAUUCCAUAUCAUUACUAGAAAAAAUUUAUUACUUCAUAGAUAAAUUAUAAUGUGUACUGAAAUCAUGUGAAACUGUGCGCUUUUAUUUAAGACGGUA